AUGGCACCAGCUAGAAAAUCACCAGUGCGUGAAUCCACAACAAAAUUACAAGCUAUGGUGCUUUUUCUUGGUUUUUUCUUGAUUGUUCCUCUCCUUGCUCGUCCCAUAGAUUUAUCCAAGAAAUUCAUGGCUUCCUCUCCGUCUACAAGAACAAAACAUUCUACCACAGAAAUACAUCCACAAGAAUCAAAGUAUACACCACCUUCUAGUACCACUGCUGAUGCUGCAGCGAUGACAAGCAGAACCACCACCACAGUUCCUACCACUCCUGCAGGUUCUGCUUCAGAUCAACGGUUUAAAGCAGCUGCCCAUGAAGUUCACAAUGAGAGAACCCUUCGAAAAAAUUGGCGUAUGCCGCUAUUUGCGGCGAACACACGGUAUUCUUUAGUAAAAGGCGAAAGAAUAGUUCGCUCUGUGUUCACCGCGCGGCUGCGUGGUUUUGAAUAG